CAAUCGCYUCAAUCAGUUUACAUCUGAUAUUCGUAGYGAGGAGGUGUGUAGAGUGAUCCUAAUUUUGAACAAGAAAACAACAAACAUGUGCCUUGAAAGACCUCUUGAACAAGCCUUGAAAGAAUCGCCAGUUGGUCCUCCGUUAUCUAUGACUGAUUAUACCAUGGAAAAAGGUUAUGAUUUUGACUUCAAGUAUGGCCAAAGGAAGGAAUGCAUGGACGACAUCAAAGCACCWAGUCCAAAAGCAARACGUAAACAUCAUCGAAGAAAGAUGAAGGGGAAGAAAAAGUUCCGAUUCCCAUCGACAUUCUUUGAGCCAAUGCUUGAGAACAUUGACGAGGAGAAAGAGAUCGAAAUCGAUCCUCUCCGAGUGAAUUUCAAAGCCGAGAAGAAGCUGUCUUCGAAGCACCGCGAAAGGUCGCUCGAGAAAGGUUCKCGUUCAAACACCGAAGAUGGUCGUCGAUUUCGACAUCGCCACUAUCAUAGACGUGAAAAAAUAGCUACCUAAAUGGACGACUGAAUUUGCUUCUUGCAAGCUUAGCCAAAAGUUCAGGAGAACUGAAAAAAAACUUCCUAAAACGUUCGUCUUUUAGACGGCGAAUGACCCGGGAAUGYCGGUGUCAUCUUUCACGACUUCAGAGACAAGCCUUGUGAACUGUUACCGAACUGUAAGUUCAGCAAAACAUUGUUGAAGAACUAAAUGAUAACUUUGUUCAAUCUUCCCGACUUAUAAGAUUGWUCAAUACACAGGCAAGAUCAAAAAGUUGUGCAAAAAGAGUUCAAGUGUGGACGCUUUGGCUGACGAAACCAAGRCGACAACAAGCGUGUCACUUCUCACGCCUCGCGCCAAAAACUUGCACAAGACCACAAAAUGAACUCUUAAACUCUCCAAUUUUUACAAGAUCAGGAGAUUUUAAGCUUUAACGCUUUGUUGAUAGGGGAAAAUAGUUAAUUUAGUAUAUUUCUUUGAUAUUUGUGCAUAUAGACUAUCAUGUUGCACAUGAAGAAAUGCUUUCAUAACCUUUCCGUUGCUCUCGUGCUUCACAUCUUUAUUCUACACGCUUAUAAUAGUUAACGUAGAUCAUCUUCGUUUAUUGAAUUUGAAAUGUUCUCGUUAUUAUUUAGUCUAUCUAGAGAGAGAACUUUAACAAUCAAAGGAAUAUUAUAAAAAAAAUAUAUUUAUUUACCGAAAAAAAUCUAUUUGUAAUGCAAAAUUAAAUUUCACAAGUUAGAUCUUUAAUGAAAAUAAAAAUAUUUUCAGAUAA